AUACUUUUCUGUCAGAGCCCAGAAAGCCCAAUCAACGACGGUGAAGCUCUCUUUCCCGCCAAUUUUUUCCUAAUCGCAGAGAAAAUUCAGGAGAAAAAGAAAGCAACAACGACAACCGCUUGUUGUUGUUGAUGACGAUGCGAAUUGAAAUCCGUUCUGAAUUCUGCGUGACUCGUAUAAUCAGUAGUUAACAUAUUGUAGUUCGCGAUUAAACCCUAAAGAUGGCCGACGCUAGGGUUUCCAAUGGACCUGCCGGGGCUUUGCAAGCAGGCAUCAUCACCAAAAUCCGAUUAGAGAACUUCAUGUGCCAUACUCAUAUGGAAAUUGAUAUUGGCGACCGUGUUAAUUUCAUCACCGGACAAAACGGAAGUGGAAAGAGUGCGAUACUUACGGCGUUGUGUAUUGCUUUUGGAUGUCGAGCAAAAAGUACAGACAGGGCAACGACAUUGAAGGAGUUUAUAAAGACUGGUUGCAGCUACGCCCUUGUUCAUUUGGAAAUAAAAAAUCAGGGAGAGGAUGCUUUUAAGCAUGGCAUUUAUGGAGAUGUUAUAAUAUUAGAGCGCAGGAUUACUGAAUCAACCAGUACUAGCGUCCUUAAAGAUCAGCAAGGGAAAAAAGUAGCUACCCGAAAAGAAGACAUCCGUGAGCUUGUGGAACAUUUUAACAUUGAUGUUGAAAAUCCUUGUGUGGUGAUGAGCCAGGACAAGAGCCGAGAGUUUUUGCAUUCAGGGAAUGACAAAGAUAAAUUCAAGUUCUUUUUCAAGGCUACACUUUUAAGUCAAGUGGAUGAUCUACUGAAAAGUGUCAAAGACAAUCUUGACAAGGCAAAUAGUGAGGUUGUUGAGUUGGAAAGGUCAAUAGCACCUAUAGAAAAGGAAUUGAAUGAGUUACAAGGAAAGAUUAAAAGCAUGGAACAUAUUGAAGAAAUUUCACAGAAGGUUCAGUUGUUGACCAAAAAAUGUGCAUGGUCACUGGUAUACGACAUAGAUAAACAAAUCCAAGAAGAAACUGCAAGGAUUAAAAAAUUUGAAGAGAGAAUACCUCAAUGUCAAGCUCGAAUUGAUCAACAAAUUGCAAAAGUAGCAGACUUGCAGGAUUGUUUAGACAAAAAGAAAGCUCAAAGUGCAGUUAUGAUGGAAAGUACUUCAAAAGCUAGGAAAAGGAAGAGUGAAUUGGAGCAGAAAUUAUCUUUGGCUACCAAGGAGAGGAUUGAGUUAGAGCAAGAAUAUGGCAGAAGAAGGAACAAUGUUGCUAAAAUGGCUAAACGGAUCAAGUUACUUGAGCAACAAAUCAAUGAUGUCAGUGAACAACAUAUGAAAGACACACAGGCUGAAGAACAUGAGAUGGAGAACAAAUUGAAGGAGCUUCAAGAAGAGAUCAAUGUUGCUGAGUCAGAUUGCCUAAGAUUGAAGAAUAUUGAGGAUGAUUUAUCAGAAAGAUUAGCGAUUGCAAGAGAUGAGCUUAAAGAGAUCACUUCUGAGAUUGAUGAGUAUGAAAAGAAGAUAAGUGAUAGUCAACGCCGAAUUCGUGACCUACGCCUGAAUCAGACAAACAAGGUGACAGCUUUUGGAGGAUACAAAGUUACCAGUCUUUUAAAAGUUAUUGAGAGGAAUCACCAUAAGUUCAAAAAGCCUCCCAUUGGUCCUUUAGGAGCACAUGUGGUGUUACUCCAUGGUGACAAAUGGGCUGUUGCUGUUGAAAAUGCUGUUGGAAAAUUACUGAAUGCUUUCAUAGUAACAGAUCAUAAAGAUUCUCUUUUAUUAAGAUCAUGUGCUAGAGAAGCAAACUACCACCACCUUCAAAUCAUUAUAUAUGAUUUUUCUAUACCAAGAUUACAAAUUCCAAAUCACAUGCUUCCUCAAACAAAUCAUCCAACUGCUAUUUCAGUAAUGCAAUCCGAUAGUCCAACAGUAGUCAAUGUGUUGGUGGAUGUGGGUGGGGCUGAGAGACAAGUGCUUGUAAGAGACUAUGAUAUGGGAAAAACGAUUGCUUUUGAUCAAAGGAUUCCAAAUUUGAAGGAGGUUUAUACGUUAGAGGGUCAUAGGAUGUUUUCUCGUGGUUCAGCACAGACGACUUUACCCCCGAAUAAGAAUGCAAGGAGUGGGCGUCUUUGUAGUUCAUAUGAUGAUCAAAUUAAAAUUUAUGAAAGAGAAGCAAUCCACAUGCAAGAAGAAGCUAAACAAAUUCGGGGAAAGAAAAGGACUUUUGAAGAACGUGUUAAGAAUCUUCAAGAUGAAUUUCAAAAUGCAAAAAGACAACGGAUGAAUUCAGAGAAGUGUGUAAUGAGCAAGAAUCUUGGACUAAAAGAUUUGAAGAAUUCACUUGCUGCAGAAGCAGAAGCAGCAGCUUCAUCCGUAUCUAAUGUUGAUGAGCUCCAUCAAGAAGUUUCGAGAUUAGAAAGCGAUAAAAACCAAUUUGAGAUGUCACUUGAGAAGAUUCAGGAGAGAUUGCAGGAAGCCGAAGCCAAAGCAAAUGAACUCAAAGUAUCAUUCGAAGAGCUUUGUGAGUCGGCAAAAGCUGACAUCAGCGCUCUGGACAAAGCAACGGGUGAGUUGACUCAGAUUGAGGAGGAUUUACGUGCUGCUGAAGCGGAACAACGUCAUUAUGAAGGGCUUAUGCAGCAGAAGGUCCAUAAAGGAAUUGAAACUGCAAAACAAAAUUAUAAGGCUUUGGAAAGGGAGCGAAAGGUGAGUUAUGAGAAAGCUUCAAUCAUAUGCCCUGAGAGUGAAAUUGAGAGUUUAGGAGGAUGUGAUGACACAAGUUCUGAUCAACUCCAAGCCCAUCUCACAAGGCUUAAACAGAGACUCCAACAGGAAACCCAAAGACAUCAGGAAUCCAUUGAUGAGCUUCGAAUGCUGCAUGAUAAAAAACAAAGAAAGAUUAUCAAACAGCAGAAAACUUACAAAGCUUUUAGAGACAAACUUUCUGCAAUUCAUACAGCUCUUGACAAACGAUGGAGCAAGUUUCAGAGGAAUGCCACUCUUUUAAAGAGACAGCUGACGUGGCAAUUUAAUGGGCAUCUGAGAAAGAAGGGGAUCAGUGGGCUCAUUAAAGUUAGUUAUGAGGAGCAGAAGCUUUCAAUAGAGGUUAAGAUGCCCCAAGAUGCAACCAGCAGCAAUGUUCGCGACACUAGAGGGCUUUCAGGAGGAGAGCGAUCGUUCUCAACACUAUGUUUUGCACUUGCACUUCAUGAGAUGACAGAAGCUCCGUUUCGAGCUAUGGAUGAGUUUGAUGUCUUUAUGGAUGCUGUGAGUAGGAAAAUAAGCUUGGACACCAUUGUGGAUUUUGCUUUGGCGCAAGGAUCACAGUGGAUAUUUAUUACACCUCAUGAUAUAAGCAUGGUAAAACAUGAUGAGAGGAUAAAGAAGCAACAAAUGGCAGCACCUCGCUCAUAAACAAAGCUUUGCUUUUGUUAAUGCAUUAUUCAUUAUUGUAAACAUCACUCACUAACAUCACAUCUAUCUAUUCUAUCUUGCUUCAAGUUUUUAUAACUGAAUCUUGGGUUUCUGUAUGAUAUUGUGUUUUUUUUUCUCCAGUGUAUGAAUGUAGAUAUUGGCUCUAGUUAAUUUUUGCACUGUUAUUAUGGGUUAGUAUAAAAUGUAACACGAUCCCUAUCUAUGUUACAUAGAGUUUAUUCUGCU